AUGAGUAAGGUUUCUAGCUAAGUAAGAAAGAGAACAACAGCCAAAUAGACUAAGACUAGUCUAGAACAAAUAAGCUAGCUUAAUCAAAAUGCAUAGCUGAAGUAUCCAAUGAUUCAUAGCAAUUAGACAAAUUUUAAGCUUUAAUAGCUUUCUAAAUACAAAAUACUAGGACAUCCUUUCUCAACUGAGCCAGCGUAUGAAAUAGAAAAAUUGAAACAGGGUAAUGAACAAGCUGCAUACAUGGAUAAUUUGUAGAAAAAUUAAGGAAUAAAGAGAUCUACUGAAUUUCAAACACAUUGA